CUAUUAUUGGGCAGGAGCCGGGGUAUAUCCUGAACUGGUCGCCAGCCAAUCGGAGGGCACAUCAAGACAGACAACAGUCGCACUCAUAAUCACACAUAGGGGCAAUUUACAGUGUCCAAUGAACCCAUGUUUUUUGGGAUGUGGGAGGAAACGGGAGUGCCUGGAGAAAACCCAAGCAGGCACGGGGAGAACAUGCAAACUCCACACAGGCGUGGCUGGGAUUUGAACCCCAGUCCUCAGAACUGUGAGGCCAACGCUCUAACCAGUUGCUGCACCAUGUUGCCUGAAACCAAUGCUAAGAAGGUAAACAAAUAUGGAAUUUGUUCAGCGCUUUGUUAUUGUCAUUUUCCAAUUGUUUUUUAUUGUUAUGUCUGAACAGCUUUGGCGUGUUUGUACAGAUUUUGUGUUAUCAAUAUUCCAGCCAUAAUGUUAAAAAAAAAAAAAUCUCGUAGGACGUCAAAACCUGACCAUCCAUGUAAAGUUCGUGUAUAGGAAUAAAUGGCAAAAUGCUGUUAUAUUUUGUAAUUUGGAGGAACUGAGCUUUUGUGCCUGUAUAUUCUUCUGAACUUGUGCCUUUACCCAUAAGACGUGUAAAAUGGGGAGAAAGAAAAAACAUUUAAGAUAUUUUGAAUGGAUGUCUGGUCUUCCAAACCACAUGAUGAAAAUAAAAUGCAUUCAAAAUGUCAAUUAUCAGUGUUUUGGUUUAGAUGCACCUUUGCUGAUACUGUGUUGUACAUCAUACAAGACACAAUUUAGUACUUAAUACUUUUGUUAGACCACCACACCAACGUAAACAAUGCACUGAAAAUAACCAAAAUCAUUUUUGAGAUUUUUCCUAUUCCUAUAGUUGUGUACCUGUAUUCAGUGUGUUGAAGUUCUAGAAGUUGAAUCUUUGUAUUUUAGUAGUUUCCGACUUCCUUGAGAAGCCAAGUAGGCUGGCUAAAAUAUGGGUACAAAAAGCUCAAUUUGAUCUGAAAUUCCUCUGCUGUUGAAAAUGGUAAAAUGUCAAAAGCUCAGCGUUCAAGCACGUCUUUAUCCUGAACAGUCACUUUCUUGUUUUUAUUCCGUUCGGUCUAAUCCAUUUCUCGAGCGCUGUGCUUCUGAUGCGGAAUAACGUGUUAUAACCUGAUGCAUGACUUCCAGGCAUCUUUUAUGAUGUCACGGUUAGAUAUUUGAGAAUACAAUGUUUGGCUUUAUAACCAGACAUUUUACCUUGUACUGACUGUACUUACAUCAGACUCCUCUUGUAAAAAAAAACAAAAAACAAAUCACAAAGUAAAAUAGCCAUCAAGUCACAUGCUGCAGAGCGCGGCUUAUGAAAGACGCAGUCCUCUGCUGUACUUCAUACUGAACAGUGGGCCUCUUGUGUGUAUUGAGCUAAACAUUCGUGAUAAUCUUCUUUGCAAUUUUCAUGCUUCAGACCGGACCUUUUAUGUCUCGACUUCAUCAUACAUAUUUUGCACAAGUGUAAAUCAGUAUUGUAUAAAUAUUGAGAUAAAAAUGGCUUCAAACCUGAAGGGAGUUUACCACGCCGCAGCAUUCGGCUGGUAUGUUUUUGUUGUAACGACUCUGGCUGCUAAGAAUGGAGAAGAAUUACCACCUGGGAUCUUUGUAUACGGAGGACCUUGGAAAUACCUCACUUUUUUGAAUUUGUUACUACAAAUGGUAUUCUUUGGACUGGCUGCAGUGAAUGAUCUUCACCAUGGGAAAAACUCAGCAAGCACACUCAACAGGUGUACGGAUCUCAUGUUCUCUAUUUUUGCCUUCCCUGUAGGCAUGUUUGUCGUUGUUCUUUUUUGGACUAUCUUUGCCUAUGACAGAGAGCUGGUCUACCCGGCAACAAUUGAUGCCUUCCUCCCUCCUUGGACAAACCAUGCAAUGGUCUGGAAAACGCCAUACAUUUGUCCUUCCUUUGGUACUUGGAGAAUUUCUGGUGCAGUACCAUGCCUACCCUCAAACAAAGUGUGCACUGGCCACACUGGGAUUAGUGGGCUUGGGUUACCUGUUCUGGAUUGUCUGGGUGUACGUCUCAGCAGGAAUUUGGGUGUAUCCCCUCCUUGGGCAUUUCAGUGCUGUUGGUCUGGUGGGCUUCUUUUGUUUUAAUAUGUCUGUGGUGACCUUAUUCUACCUUCUCGGAGACAAACUCAACAGCCAAGUGUGGAAAAACAGAUGUAAUCGGUACUGAGAGAGGAAGAGUCAGUAUAGGGCUCUGAUAAAUCUAUGACCUGAAAAUGUUGUUGUUGUUUUUCCAAAGGGAACAAACCACAUUUUUUUCCAAUGCAAUACGUUGAAUAAACUUCAAGAAAAUUGUUUGCAAAUUUUAAACCUAAACAUUACACACCAUUAAUACUUGGAAUUGUCAGUAUAGUAUAAAGCUAGUUGAUACUCUUGCUUGAAGGAUUUCAGACUCUCUGCACUUCCUCAAUACUGUACUGUAUAUUUUUCCACAUAUACGUAUACAGUAGCUGUUCUGUGUCCUGUUCUACAUGUUAACAUUUUAAUUGCUGUCAAAAGCUCCAAUAAAGUACGUUCCAGCGACA